UGUGUGUGUGUUGUUUGUGUGCUACUGCAGCACCAGCCCUGCAGGGCUUGGUGCUUGUGGCCGAGAGACACGCUGACUGCCGAUGUUUGUCUUGAGAGACAAUGACAAACAGAGAGGGAGAUUGAUGAUGUGCCUGUGUGUUUAUAACGGGGAGAGAGGCAGCGACGGAUGACUGGCCCAGUUUUAUCUCCUCAGUCAGACUUCCACGCCUCCGUGCCAGAAUACACAGUUUGAGACAUGCGGGGUGAGUGCUCCCAUUGGCUGGUUGAGUCUCAGAUCUAGCGUGUGAUUGGUGGGUUUUGAGUGAGACCCGGCGAGGGGUCUGCCGUGCUGUACUGCAGAGCUCCACGGGGCCUGGAGGAGACUGGAAGGGCUCUGGUCAUCACACCCCUGGACGAGGAAACGGUUCAUGAUGUCCUUAAUAACUGUCUCUAACACACUCUCUGUGUGUGUGUGUGUGUGUGUCUGCAGCAGUGUGGACCGUAUCCAGCUGUUGAGGAGGGAGUACCAGCAGGCUAGGAGGGAGGGAGCAGCACCGGCCUAUGAGGAGCUGGAGGCCCGGCGCCGAGGCCCAGAGUACGACCCCCACCGGGUCCCAGUGAGAGCUCCAGACCACCGCCUGAGUCCUCGCUAUGAAGAGGUGGAACGCCAGUACGCCUCCCUGCCCAGGCGUGGUCCCAUGGAGCCUGACUACCCCAUGCAGCCCUGGGCUGGCCACCGUGACCCUGGCCCCUACCCCGGCCCCCACCCGGGCCCCCAGCCUUCCCCAGCCUACCCCAGCUACCCCCGCCAGGCCGAGCAGGGCUGCUACCACCCCCCACCCCCUCAGCAGAGGGGGCCUCUGCGCCAGGAUGUCCCACCCUCCCCGACCAUGCCCCACCGGGCCCCCCGCUACGACACCAUGACCCGGGGGGUGAGGGCUCCCUACGGCCCCCCCAGCUCGGAGCACUACGCCUACGCUCCGGAUGGGCGACACCCCGACCCACGCCAGAAGAACCCCAUGACUGCAGCCGUGUAGCGCUGCAGAACCACAAGGGCUGCAGGUGUCCAGACCCCCCGGCAGUCCAUCUCCUGCAGCCAAGGCAUCUGCAGACCACCCUCACCUGCAGGGUCUCAUGCUAUCUGCACGUCCCCCUACGUUUGCCAAACAGGGUUAUGUCCACUACGACUGGCUGAACCACACUAUGAAUAAAGAACCACAUGUUUUUUUAUAUAAAUACAUAUGUAUAUUAUAUACUGGCAUUCCACAUUGUCUUAUGAAUGAAGAAAGAAGUAAAGCAAGGAUGAUUGUCCCUCCAGAUCAGAGCAGUGUAGGGUAGAGCAGACUGGAGGCUGCAGACUGGAGGCUGAGGCUGGAGGCUGCAGACUGGAGACUGAGGCUGCAGACUGGAGACUGAGGCUGCAGACUGGAGACUGAGGCUGCAGACUGGAGACUGAGGCUGGAGGCUGCAGCCUCUGGUCUGUCAGCCUCCUCUCUCUGGUGUCAUGAAGGCUUUUAAUGAUUCACCACUGCUUGUUAUUAGGUUGAUCAUAGAAGGAGAUAAAAUCCAAUAUGAUGAAUAUAUACUGUAUAUUCAGUAUAUUAACUGCAUGUCUGUUAUUACUGUUAUUAGUUGAGAGAACACAAGAGCUCGAACAGAAUGAUCCAGAAUGGCUGACUGACUGUCUGGCCAACUGACUUUUCGUCUGUCUGAUUGACUGACUGACUGGCUAAAUAACUUGCUCACUGACUGGCUGGCUUGCUGCCUGGCUUUGCUCGACGCGUUGCUCCCUUUAUUCUAGAGUAUGUCGGUUGUUUUUAGACCACAGACCCACGCUGACCCAGUGUGCGCUGGUCCAGCUGAUGACCUCUCUUUGUAUCAGAGCCGUAACAGGUACUAAAGUGUGUAGGCUGGCCGGGACCACCCAGUCCAGCUCAGACACCACCAGGACCCUGACUAGACGCUUAGACAGGAGGGCCAAGGGAAGAGAUGAUUGGCGUAGAGUGACGAGGUUGAUGAGAAGAGGGAAGGGCAGGGUUGAGGGAAGGAGAGGGAAGAUGAGCAGGAGAGGAGGGAAGGAGAAGGAGAUGGUUGAAGAGGGGAUGGAAAAGAGAGGACAUAAGAGGGAGCUUGGUAGAGAUUGAUGAAGAUGUGAACAUUCCAUGAGAUUGUGUUUUUACGCCUUAUAUACCGUGUCUUUUACAGCUUUGUCCUAUGUAUCCUAGGCUGGCGAUGCUAGUGUCUGUACACUACGUUAGUUGCACAGACGUUCUUAUCUGACGGUACUCCUGGUUCUCCAUCUGCUCAGAGACCAGGAAGUGAAGGACGUCAUUCCUCUGUAGCCUCUCUGUCCCCAUAGCAACACACCACUCCUCCGUCUUAGAUCUAUGUAUUCCAAAAAAAUAAACAAUGAAUUUAGAUUGACGUCAUGUAUGUAACAUUAAUAAUACGCUUAUAUUUUCACUUUGUAUUAAUGUUUUUAUAACAUAUUUUGCAAUAAAUUCUCCUGGUGAAACAUAC